AUGUUAUUACCAUCAUGUAUCAAUCAAAUAUUGUAUAUUCCGCUAGUAAUUGUAAGUAGUUGUAGUUUUAUGAACUUACAUUUAUUUAUUUUAGGGUUUAUAUGUCUUAUAUUACUUAAAUAUUGCAUUUGAAUAGCUUCUUUGUCCUUAUUUUAGCUUUAACAUCGCAAAUGCUAACUUACUUUAGGCCUUAAGUAUAGUUUUCUAAUUUAUUUUACAUAGCGUAAGUUAACUAGUUCUACCCUUUAAAUACCUUAUACCACCUUAUUUUAGCCUAUAAUAAGCGUCUUGUUACAAUGUACACAUCGAAAAGAGAAAGUAAAGUUAGUUAGUCAGUUGAGUAAAGCAGAAGCCAACAAGCGAAUCCAUCCACCCCCAAAGCCGGUAAAAGAAGCAGAGUCCAAAAAGUGAGUUAUAAUUUAAAAAUACUCUUUAAAUUUUUAAAUUUCGCUAUUUUUGUUUGAUUUCCAUAACUAUACUCAAUAUCUAAUGUCUUAGUUUUCUUUCUAAUUUGCUGCGAAAAGAAUGGCGCGUUUUGAAACUUAAUUUUACUAAAAAUAUAUUUGCCAUUCUUUUUGCUACAAGUUAUUAAGAUUAGGUAAAUUCAAAAAGAUUUUUACUUCUUGCGCAGUGCGGUUUUCAUAACUGCACCGUGCAAAAUCUAAACAUUUAUGAAUUUUAAAAGUUUUUAAACGUUUAUCACAAUAAAAACGACUUUUUCAGGACAUACGUAGCAAAGAAAAGACAUGCAGAUGACGACACACUAAAAGAAAUCAAAUCAAUUAGGAAAGACGAGGACAAAUCUGGAUAA